AUUUCGUGAUGUUGAAAGUUAUUUAAAGAGCACUCUAAUGGCUUACUAUUUUAACAACAACAACAACAGCAAUAUUCAUACUAAGAUAAAAAAUGUAUGUUUCUGUAUGUCAUUAUUCAGAUUUGAUUCUUUGUACAGGCCUAAUAUUAUGUUUUCAAAGUAUAUAAGAUUAUGUGAUGGCGAUGAGUAGCUUCUGUUUUCUUUAUCAGUAUCUGGGGGAUUCUUUUCAACAUUAUCUUUUUUAGUAUGGUAUGCAGUUCUGUGAUCAGAAAAUGUUGCGUAUUUUUACAUACUGAGCAUGUUUGUCCACACGGUGUCACUGGCAACCCAUGUAAGUUUUUUAGUGUCUUCGUGAAGCUCCUCCUUUAGAUGGGCAGGGAUCCUCGCCUCGUCAGAGGUCUUUGUUCGAGAGCCCCGUCCGCCUCAGAGUUGCUAACUCGGUGUCUUUGCAACAGCAGUAGCCUGUUAUGGAAUAUACAAAUGAUACAUUUCUUGUUUAGCCGCCAGUCUUACUAACGGGAGGAAAUAUGGACAUAACGGAUGACCAUUGGUGCUUUAAAUGGAUCUUUAUUAUGUUUUUCUUUAAUAGCUGGAAUUACGCGGACGCGCAGAUUGUGUAUUCUGUGUCGGAGGAGGUUAACACCGGGACAACGGUAGGAAAUUUAGCAAAGGAUCUAAACCUAAAUGUGCAAGACCUCGAGAGAAGAGGAUUUCAAAUCGUCACAGGGCCAAACAAAAGAUAUUUUGAUCUAAAUGCAAAGAAUGGAAUUCUCUUUGUUAGAGAAAAGAUAGACAGAGAGGAGCUGUGUGGUCGGAGCUCUAAAUGCGCUUUAGAGUUGGAGGCCAUUGUUACUGCGCCAAUGAACAUAUACAGAUUUGAGGUAAAUAUUUUAGAUGUUAACGACAAUGCACCGGCAUUUCGCACCUCAAAACUGUACCUUAAUAUUUCUGAACAGACAUAUCCUGGGCAGAGAUUUUCAUUACCAAGUGCAUUCGAUCUCGAUGUUGGAGCAAAUUCUGUAAAAAGCUACAAACUGAGUUCGAAUGAACACUUUUCUCUGGAUGUACAGAGCGGAGGAGAUCAGAGUGUGUCUGCUGAGUUAGUGCUGCAGAAAGCUUUAGAUCGAGAGAAACAAGCGGUAAUCCAGCUCACACUGACCGCUGUAGACGGAGGAAAACCUCCAAGAUCUGGUACAACACAGAUAAUAGUUAAUGUAGUAGAUGUGAACGAUAAUAUUCCUGUGUUCGACAAGCCACUUUAUAAAGCGCAAAUAGCAGAGAAUUCACUUACCGGUGCUUCUGUGAUCACAGUGAAUGCAAAAGAUGCAGACGAGGGCCUUAAUGGCGAAGUCAUAUACUCGUUUAUAAAUCAUGAUAAUGAUAACAGUGUAAACGCGUUUUCAAUUAAUCCAGUUACUGGUGAAAUAACUGUCAAAGGCCCUAUAGAUUACGAAGAAACUCCUGCAGUUGAGAUUCGCGUUCAGGCCGAGGAUAAAGGGCCAAAUCCACGAGCAUCAUAUUGUAAAGUCUUACUCGAAAUAAUUGAUUUAAAUGAUAACAUACCAGAAAUAAGCAUAAUGUCUUUGCUUAAUGAAGUGAGAGAGGAUUCAUCUCCAGGUACAAUGGUGGGAUUAAUCACAGUGAAAGAUGGCGACGCUGGUAAAAAUGGUGUUGUGCAGCUUAAACUAAACGACUCGGUGAAAUUUAAAUUGGAGAAUACUUAUAAAAACAGAUAUUCCUUAGUGGUUAACGGGCCUCUAGACAGAGAGCGCGCGUCCGAGUAUAACGUGACCAUCACAGCUACUGAUGAAGGGACUCCGCCUCUCUCCAGCACCAGUGUCAUUGCUGUACACGUUUCUGAUGUGAAUGACAACGCGCCGCGCUUUCCAGAGCCCGUCAUUAAUGUUUAUGUGAAAGAGAACAGUCAGAUUGGAGCUGUUAUUCAUACAGUUUCUGCUUUAGAUCCUGACGUAGGUGAUAAUGCCCGGAUAACAUAUUCUGUACUGGAAAGCUCUAAAAGCGGCCCGGUAACAUCCAUGAUCAACAUCAACUCUGACAGUGGAGAUAUUCACAGUUUACAGUCGUUUAACUAUGAGGAGAUGAAAACUUUCCAGUUUAAAGUUCAGGCCACAGACUCUGGUGUUCCUCCUCUCAGCAGUAACGUGACUGUAAAUGUUUUUAUCCUGGAUGAGAAUGACAACAGUCCCGGGAUUCUCGCGCCCUAUUCCGAGCUCGGUUCCGUUAACACGGAGAACAUUCCGUAUUCUGCUGAGGCGGGCUACUUUGUGGCCAAGAUCAGGGCUGUAGAUGCAGAUUCUGGUUACAACGCGCUGCUGUCUUACCACAUCUCUGAACCCAAAGGAAACAAUCUGUUCCGAAUCGGAAGCAGCAGCGGGGAGAUCAGGACUAAGAGGAGAAUGAGUGACAAUGACCUGAAAACUCACCCGCUGGUCAUUUUGGUGUGUGAUAACGGAGAGCCCUCACUGUCAGCGACUGUGUCUAUUGAUGUUGUGGUUGUUGAAAGCGCAGGUGACGUCAAGACUCCAUUCAGACACGCGCCGAUAAAGGAGGAGAGUUUCUCGGAUUUAAAUCUGUAUUUGCUGAUCGCCAUUGUGUGUGUGUCCGUCAUCUUUUUACUGAGCCUCAUCAGUUUGAUAGCUGUAAAAUGCCACAGGACAGACGGCAGUUUGGGCAGGUACAGCGCCCCGAUGAUCACCACACACCCUGACGGGAGCUGGUCUUACUCCAAAUCUACUCAGCAGUAUGACGUGUGUUUUAGCUCGGACACGCUGAAGAGUGACGUAGUGGUUUUCCCCGCGCAAUUUCCUCCUGCAGAUGCAGAACUGAUCAGUAUUAAUGGAGGAGACACUUUUACCAGAACACAAACACUUCCUAAUAAAGAAAAGGUAAGCGAUCCAGAAUCCUUAUUAAAUUGUUGACUUUCACUAGGUGGCUUGUUAGGUGGUUGAUUUUCAUUUAAAUGCACAAUCAUUGCUUGAAAUGGGCCGGUACGGACCGAUACGCAGUACCUGCACUUCUAUAUUUUAAUCAGUAGCGUACCCUCACUUUUUCUUGUGUACCGGCACUUCUCACAUGUUGCCGGUACUCUGAGAGCUCACACCGAAACAUAGAAUCAGAAAACUAAUUAACUUUAUACAUCGCGCGUUUGGAGCUUUUAUAAGCUGUACAAACUAAACAGGUCAAUUGUCUGCGCAACAUGACUGUGACUGAAGCCCAAUUGUUUAAUUUUGCAUGAGUGGCGCACGAAUCACCGUUCACCAGUGUGCUCCAAAAGUGUUAUUUGUUAUUUUCUUUUGAGAUAAUAGUAAAACGCUACGGAGAAAGUCGAACAUGAUCUAAAACAGUCACUAAAAUGACUGAUGAAAAGAGGGGAAAACAUCAUCCUGCAAACAUUUUAAACUCAUGACCACAUUUACUAGAAUUGAUCACGUUCUGUUGUAUUUAUUGUGGCAAUUAUUGUGGUAAUCCGUUAGGGGAAUAGAUUGAAUGAAAGAAAAUGAAAGAAAAAAUAGUAAUGAUCCUUACUGUAACAAAUUAUAUAGUUAAACAAUCACAAUAACUAUGAACUAGUAGUUAGAAAGAGCUUUAAAAUAUGGACCUUCUUCACUCUAAAAACUGCUGGGUUAAAUAUGGACAAAACCAGGGAUUGGGUUGUUUUCACCCAGCCAUUUUUUUCAACUAAUUUUGGAUUUAUUUUUUU